UAUAUGAGAUGCGACUUGACACUCGCCAGUAAUAUGUUGAAUGGGUGACGAAUCUGAUGAAUCGAGGCAGACCCUAACGACUGCUGUUAACGAAUUCGAAAGUCAAAGGCUAAUCAUGCAGCGUCUUGGGACAGUCCAGCAAAAGUUACCUUGUGUUUUUAUGACAGAAGUGCAAGACGUGCCAUCUGGAAAACACGAGGCUCAGCCCUUUCGUGUCGUGGCAACAGAGCAUCUUAACCCCUCUGCCCUGGACUCCCAUAUUCACUCUGCCCUCGCUACAGAGAAAUUGGAUGGCACCUGUUGUUAUGUUUCAGCAUACAAAGGCCAGCCUCACCUCUGGGCGCGCCUGGAUCGGAAACCAAACAAGCAGGCAUACAAGAGGUUCCGGAGGUUUCAGUCUUCUCAGAAGAGCUGUACAGGCUUCACAUGGAACCCACAGGAGGAUCUGAAAGCCGUGCCUGAUGAUUGGGUCGCAGCACAGAGGGUUCAGCACCUGGACGGCCAUCCCAUACCUGAUGAGCAUGGUCACAUCCCAGGCUGGGUUCCUGUGGAGAAGACCAAUAAGCAGUACUGCUGGCACUCCUCCGUGGUCGAUCAUGAGACGGGACUAGCCCUUCUUCUCCGGCCCCUCAGACACGAUGAUGAAGAUGAAGAUGAAGAUAUGCUGGAGAUCACAUGUGUCCCACUGUCACAACUGCAAGAACAAACUCUGGAGCUCAUCGGAACCAAUAUCAACGGAAAUCCUUACGGAAUGGGCAGUAAGAAACACCCAGUCCAUUGCCUCGUGGCCCAUGGGACCCUCCCGAUCCGAGACGCCCCGCCAGUGAGUCACCUGCAUCUGCUCACCUGGUUGAGGGAGAGUGACCACGGUAAAGUGGAAGGGAUUGUUUGGCAUUGCAGUGAUGGGGCUCUUUUUAAGCUCCAUCGCCAUCAUCUGAACCUCACAUGGCCUAAUGGCAAAACCUCUCUGAAUACCAGACCUGUUGUCAUCCAUGUUGAUUGGCACGGAGACCCCCUGGAGGAUUCCUGCAGGAGCGCUUUCAGUGCUUUCUCCAACUUAAAUGGACAAACUUUCCGCUGUGUUGAGGACAUAACGUUUGAAAACUAAAAAAUACAACUGAAUAGAUAUUUAAGUUUUUAAUCAAAUAUAUCUUGUUUACUUCAGGUUUUGAGAAACUUAAUUUAGUGAGUUUCAUAAUAUACUUGUGAUUGUACCUGCCAAUUCAAUUACUGUUGCAAAAAAAGCUUGAUAUGGACCAGAUAUGAUCUGAUAUGGACCUACUUAAUAUAGGAACCAACCUAUUAAACUUCCUUAAGAGGAUGUUUCCCCAUUAUAUUUAUGGUGUUUAUACAGCAUGGAGAUCUGCCUGAAAAUGUUUAAUUUAAAUUAAGAUCUUGGUCUGAAAUGACACAGUGAAUAUGAAAACCUUUGGUGUAUGUUCCUAAAGUUGUAGUAUGCCAGUACAUGUUUUUAUAAGUCAACUCCUGUAGAAAUCAAGGUUCUUAUUUUCUAGGAUUCCAAGGCCUGUAGUUUGAGAGAACAGCUGGAAGUACCUAAAGACAGAUGCGUGCGCACUGCAGAGAAAUAGGGGGUUUCUCAAAGUCAAGGAUGCGUCCUUCCAAGUCAAGGAUGCGUCCUUCCAAGUCAGUCAUUCAUAGACUGGGUAAGACUCCUUCCUAGUAUACGGAGAAGAAAAAAUGGAACAGUCUAGCGAGUGUGCAGGUGUGCGUCAUUGAAAAUGUCCCGCCUUCAAAAUCCAAGCUACUUUAAAAGAAAAGGCUCUGGUACGUGCGCAUAGGAUUGUGGGUGCUUCAAGAACACAGAGGAUACUGCAUUCUCUGAAUAAAGGACUCCUUAGGUGGGGAUCGAUGAUGUAGCAUCCCUGAAACGCAGCAGUCAAGGGUCCUUCCUCGACUUUGAGAAACACCCAUAGUUUAAGAUGUGCUCAAAGGCACUGAGUGAGCAGAUCCAGGCCAAAGUUAAUUAGUGAAAGGUUUGGUAAAAGCAUGGCUGAGCAAUCCUCAGUCAAGAUGCCAAUGUUGCUGCAGAUUCUGGACAGUGGGGAAAAAAACGUAUUGCUUUUUCUGUUCAAAACAAUAAAAUCAGUUGACACGUAAUUGGAGCGGGUUGCAUCUAUUUCAACUGGCUGUUAUAUUGUUAAGCAGGCUAUGUGAUUUUUGAGGCUGUUAAAACAGAAAGUAGGUUAUCGUUGUUUUACUCUCUUUUCCGAGAGAACACACCCAUUGAUUUAGCAUGUGCAAUGUCAAAACAUGUGCACCAUGUGAUCCAUAUUCAAUUAAAUCAUCUGAACUUGUCCAAUGGAAAACAUUAGGUUCUGAAACUUAAAAUGUUUAGCUUAUAUAUUUGCUGAAAUGUUAUUUUAGCGACCAUACGGGCAGUCGCUGGGGAGUCGACAGGUCGGCUCUAUUUCCUGUGGAAAUAAAAGUUUUGCCUUGGAA